UCAUCAAAAAAGCCGUUUAUUCAUUUGGGCCGCGUAGUCUGGAAUUGAAACAAACCAAAACAGAAAGCCAGAAACGCCGCGUGCAGAGGCUGAAGCAUCCUCCUUAACCUCGCCUUCGCUCUGCAAUGGAUUCCCGGCACGCAUCUCUAGGCCGCCGAACGUUGGAAGAAAUUCGUCAAAAGCGAGCUGCAGAAAGAUUGAACAAAACUUCUUCGGGGCCCGAUCUCAGCCAGAUCCCACCUAUCGAUAAUGGAGGAAUGAGAAAAUCGGAGAGCGCAAAUCGACUCUCUGAGAGCGAUGUUAGUACUUUAGUUUCUCAGAUAAGAGACUUGGAUAGGAAGAAUGCAGAACUGGAAGAACAAAACAAAAAUUUGGCUUCCAUGCUUGAAACAAAGGAAGCCGGGAGUAAUGUGCUGCAGAAACGUUUGAAUGAUCUGGAGCAAAAUACUGUACCGUCUUUGAGGAAAGCUCUCAAGGAUGUCGCAAUGGAGAAAGAUGCAGCAGUUGUUGCACGGGAGGAUCUCUCUGCCCAGCUGCGUAUGCUCAAGAAACGUCUAAAGGAUGCAGAAGAAGAACAGUAUCGAGCCGAGGAAGAUGCAGCAUCCCUGAGAGCUGAACUCUAUAUGAUACAGCAACAAACAAUGAGUGGCUCACUUGGUGCACUAAACUCAAUUGCUAAUCCACCUGAUCAGAUAAAAACAUUAGAAAUUGAGUUGGCUAACAUAAAGUCUGAGUUACAGCGAGAGUCAAUGUUUAGACAGCAAGAACGACAGCAAUUAGCAGAGGAGCAGGCUCGAGCAUCCAUCCUUACAUCUGAGAAGCAAGAAUUGGAAGAAAAACUUGCAGCUUUGUCUAGAAAGUCUUCAGAAGUGUCAGACAAAGUGGCCAGCAAGGGAUUUUCAGUAGAAGACAAGGAGAUACUCGAGAAGCAGAUGCAUGACAUGGCUGUAGUGAUUGAGAAAUUGGAAAGCAGUAGACAAAAGCUUUUAAUGGAGAUUGAUUCCCAAUCUUCGGAGAUAGAAAGGCUUUUUGAGGAAAACUCUAAUUUAUCUAGUUCUCUUCAGGAGGCUAUGAGUAUAGCUCUGCACUGGGAGAAUCAGGUGAAAGACUGUCUUAAGCAAAAUGAAGAGCUCCGAGGAAUCUUAGAUAAGUUAAGAACUGACCAGGCCAAGGGGUUGCUUGACUCCCAUCAUAAUGGCUCUAACAAGACUGGUUUAGCUGAAUAUACACCUGAAGUUCUCUCUAUCAAGGAUCAACUUGCAAAAGAACAGAGCAAAGCAGAGGCAUUAUCAGCUGAGGUCUUACAGCUCUCAGCAAGACUCCAACAAACCACUCAAGCAUACAAUGGGCUUGCACGCCUUUAUAAACCGGUGUUGCGAAACAUAGAAAGCAGUCUCAUUAAGAUGAAACAAGAUGGCCCUGUUACAGUGCGGUAAAUACAAAACUCUUGCACUACCCGUUUACAGAAAGUUGGUGGAAUUAGCACAUUUUUAUUCUUUAAUUUUCGUAAUUGUGCUCGGCAUCCUUCAUGUACCAAAAUGUUCACUAGCCAAAACAAGGUAUCGAGAUCUUCUCUGAAUAGCUUUAUGUAGACUGAUUGUUACAGAAAUAUAGUGAGAAAUGAAAGAUCUCUUUUACAUUUUUGUUGGAGGAGAAA